GCUGAAUAAAGGAGGACGGCCAUUUGAUCUGUUUCACCCACCCGUUCUCAGCAAUUAACCUCCCGUGCAGCUUUGCGAGUGCAGCAGGAGGGGGGCUAUUCGUGCCACUAGUUCAGGGCUGGCGCCCCUCUUUUGGGAAUGAUAGACGACGACUAAGUGUCUUUGUGCGCCAUGAGACAAAAGCGCGGGCGAGAAGAAUCGGGAAGAAAAAUUAUACAAUCCCGUUUUGUCUCUUUCAUUUUGAUUGUUUCUUUGCUCUCUUGUCUUCUACCACGCCUGUCUCAUUACUGCGUGGGAUCUUGGCAGCUGAAGCUUCUCGAUAGUCAGCAUGGAGGACCCGAUUCCUCUCCGCGAUCGGCACGUCGACACCAAAGCCGCGAGUACCAGUCACACCCAGGUCCAGGACGACCAGGGGCUCGGGCGUGUGGGCAAGAAGCAGAUCCUCAAGCGUCGCUUUGGUUUUCUGUCCAUUCUAGGAUUUUCCUGUACUAUCUUGGCCUCUUGGGAAGGUAUCUUGUCGACGUUUGUCAUCUCGUUUGAAGAUGGAGGCCCGGCCGGAACCGUGUAUAGCUUUUUGGUGGUCUGGUUGGGCACCUUUUCGACCUUUCUCACGCUGUCGGAGUUGGUCUCAAUGGCCCCAACGUCCGGAGGCCAGUACCACUGGGUCUCGAUGAUGUCUCCGGCAUCAUGUCAAAAGUACCUUAGCUUUCUCACAGGGUGGUUGAUCGUCAUCGGCUGGCUGGGAGCAUUCACAUCGACUUGCUACCUGAGCGCCUCCCAGAUUCAGGGCCUCGUGGUCCUGAACCACAGCACCUAUGUCCCGACAGCAUGGCAGACGGUACUGCUCUUCUGGGCCAUCCUGGCGUUUGCAGUGUUCGUCAACGCGGUCGCCAGCACCUGGCUUCCCAAGUUUGAGGGAUUCGUGCUGAUCCUGCACAUCGUGGGCUUCUUCGCCAUCAUCAUCCCACUCCUCUACCUGGGCAGUCACAACGAUGCGUCCGAGGUGUUUGGAACAUUCCGAAACGACGGGGGCUUUCAGAGCGAAGGGCUGGCGUUCAUGGUGGGAAUGACGGGGGCCAUGUUCUCCUUCACGGGGGCUGAUGCCGCCGUUCACAUGAGUGAAGAGAUCCACAACGCGGAGCGCGUCGUGCCGCAGUCCAUCCUCACCUCCGUUGUGAUCAACGGCCUGCUGGGCUUCGGCAUGGUCCUGAGCACCUUGUUCACCAUGACCGAUGUUGACACCGCGCUGGCAACGCCCACCGGAUAUCCCUAUAUGCAGGUGUUCUGCUCAGCCACGAGUUCCGUCGGCGGCUGUACGGUGAUGAGUGCCAUCGUGCCGAUUCUAGUCACAGCCACCGCAGUCGGCUCGCUAGCCUCGUCAUCGCGCAUGGUCUGGUCUUUUGCCCGAGAUCGCGGUCUUCCAGGCUGGCGUAUCCUUAGUCGAGUCAACGCCCAAGCCGUCCCGCAAUGGUCCAUCCUCGUCGUCACCGUCGCGGCCGUCCUGCUGGCCUUGAUCAUCCUCGGAUCCGCCGCCGUCCUCAACGACGUCGUCUCCCUCUGCGUCAGCGCCCUCUACACCUCCUACCUCAUCUCCGCCACGCUGCUGAUCUGGAAGCGGUGCACGGGCGGCAUCCGCGACCCCGCCGUCGCGGGCGUGGACUCGGUGCUGGUCAACACCGCUGGGGCCCCGCUGGCGUGGGGCCCGUUCCACAUCCGCGGCGUGCUCGGCAUCCUGGUGAACGCUUUCACGAUCGCGUAUCUGACGGUGGGCGUGUUCUUCAGUUUCUGGCCGACCGUGGCCAGCCCCACGGCGAGUACGAUGAAUUGGGCAGUGGUGGGCACGGCGGGGACGAGUCUGCUCAGCACGGUGUAUUAUGUGCUCUGGGGUGGCAAGGAGUAUACGGGGCCGGUGGUGGAGAUCGACCGGGAUUGAGCCGGUCGUGGGUGAUCUCGAGAAUGGUGCGGUAUAUACUUGGGGUCAGUGUGGUGCGGUGAUGCUAGUAUUCAAUCCAACGUGCCGAAGACUGCUCUGCAUAUAGGCCAGAUAUACAAUCUGGCUCAAACCUGAUGCAUCCGUGCUUGUUAUCUUUCGGUAGCCACCGACCAUAGCCCAAUCGAGUCUCUUCCUCCUAGGAUGCCAUACCUGCUUGAGACUGAUCUGAAAUUUGAUCCGGACGGCAUCUAAUAAGAAAGCUGGAAAGGGGUCAGCUAACAGUAUUUAUCUCGUGCAAUGGUCUCGUUUUCUCGGACAGAUUUCGGCUGACAGCCAGCGAUGCAUCAGCCCUCAGAGACCAGAUAUUGCAGAUUGAG